CUGUUCAUGACGUGUUUGUGGUUCGUUAACAAAAGAAAAAAUCGCAGCAAUUCGCUUGCAUUGUGUCCUUUUAGUAAAAAAUGAAGGGGAAAUUGAUGGCGCUAUGGGCAAUAGCCAUAAUCAUUUUCUUAACACAACAAACGUCAGCGCUGGACAUACCAAAUGACAUCGCUGCUGCGGGGAAGAGUAUCGAGAAAAUAGUUGACACAUCGCAGAACAACAGUACGGUAGUUAAUGGACCUAUUGUAAAUAUAAGUAAUAGGACGACUAGUGAAAGCAGCCUCAGCGCCAGCUUCACGCCAGUUGAAUCGAGCUCAUCUACAGUCGGGCCACAAAAUGUGAAUGUAUCAAAAAACGCGACCACGACAGUCACGGAGCCAUCGUUAAUUGAUCCACACGCCGUUGAGCAGGAGCACAAUUCCUCGCUAUCGUUAUUCUUUGUUAUUUGCGUUAUUAUGCUGGGAAUACUUUUGAUACAUUCGAUGCUUCAGACUGGCUUUCAAUAUUUGCCCGAGUCCAUUGUGGUGGUGUUUUUAGGUGCACUCAUUGGCCUUUCACUGAAUGUAAUGUCUGGCGAAAAUGGCAGCUGGAAACGAGAGGAGGUAUUUUCACCGACGGGCUUCUUCCUCGUUCUUUUGCCGCCUAUUAUAUUUGAGUCUGGAUACAAUUUACACAAGGGCAACUUUUUCCAAAACAUUGGCUCAAUACUGGUCUUUGCAAUUUUUGGCACAACUAUAUCUGCCCUGGUGAUUGGCGCGGGCAUAUACUUGUUGGGAAUGGCUGAGGUGGCCUAUCGGCUCAAUUUUUCGGAAUCAUUUGCCUUUGGUUCCCUUAUCUCGGCGGUGGAUCCCGUGGCCACGGUAGCUAUCUUUCAUGCCCUCGAUGUAGACCCAAUUUUGAACAUGUUGGUUUUUGGUGAAAGCAUUCUUAAUGAUGCCAUAUCAAUUGUGUUGACAGCAUCCAUAACCAUUAACGCCAAUGCUGACGCAGGCACGGGCGAGGCAAUGAUGAGCGCGCUGAAAACAUUCUGCGAGAUGUUUUUCGCUUCAGCUGGUAUAGGUGUAAUCUUCGCUCUUAUAUCGGCAUUACUUCUGAAACACAUCGAUCUGCGCAAACAUCCUUCAUUAGAGUUCGCUAUAAUGCUAAUGUUUACAUAUGCACCUUACGUUUUAGCUGAAGGUAUACAUUUGAGUGGGAUCAUGGCUAUACUCUUUUGUGGAAUCGUUAUGUCACAUUACACGCAUUUCAAUUUGUCGACUGUCACUCAGAUUACUAUGCAGCAGACUAUGCGUACAUUGGCCUUUAUAGCAGAGACAUGCGUAUUUGCCUACCUGGGACUGGCCAUUUUUUCAUUCAAGCACCAAGUGGAAUUGUCCUUCGUCAUAUGGUCGAUUGUGCUUUGCCUGAUCGGACGUGCCUGCAACAUUUUUCCGCUGGCUUAUUUGGUGAAUAAGUUUCGUGAACACAAAAUUAACAAUAAGAUGCAGUUUAUUAUGUGGUUCUCGGGUCUGCGAGGUGCUAUUUCCUAUGCACUGUCUCUGCAUUUACAUCUGGAUAGUCAGGAGAAACGGCACGUCAUUAUUACUACUACGCUGAUCAUAGUUCUCUUUACAACGCUCGUUUUGGGAGGCUCAACUAUGCCGCUACUAAAGUACCUGAAGCCUGGUAAAAAACGCCGAACACGUGGAUCUGUACGCUCCUCAGACGGCAGUUCGCACAACACACAUCGGAAGCGCAGCAAGUCAAUAUCUCUAUCUAAGACUCGAGAGUGGGGACAGGCAAUCGAUUCAGAGCACUUGUCCGAACUGACAGAGGAGGAGGAUGUCUCAUUUACGCAAGCACGUGAUCGAUUCGGCCGUUUGGACCGCAAGUAUUUUAUACCCUUUUUCACACGUCGCUUCAACAGCCAGGAGCUUCAUGAAUGCAAGUCCCAAAUGGCCGACUUAACCAACAAAUGGUAUCAGGCCAUACGCAUCAGCCCCUUAGAUUCGGACGAGUCGGAUGAUGAGAUUGGGCUAUCGGCCAAUACAAGCCAAAGUAAUCUGGCACGGUCAUAAAUUAAGCCGUGCAUCGGCUAAUUAGCUGGCUGUGUACAAAUAUCUGAGUGUCCAAAGUAUUUAGUGUAUGUAAGGAAAUGCGUUGUCGCAGAAAAGUUAUUCAUAUUCCUAUACCCUGUAUUGAAAUUUUAUUUACAAAAUGUGUAUAUUUAUUGUGUGUGACGGUGGUGGUGUAUCUCGUUGAGGUGUUUAUAUUUACGUAUUUAUAGUUGUUGCGCUUUAAGCAGUAUUUUACUUAUUCAUAAUUUUAAUAAUUCGCCAUUUUUGAAAUCACGAUAGUGAUCCAAACAGGAAGAAUUUGAAGCUUUAUACAGAUCAGGUAGUUUUGUUUUAUUACAUGUAAUAUGUUGUGUGAAAAUUUUGUGAGAAGCAACCAUUUGUAUCUCAUACAAAAUAAAUUGUGAUAUAAUAAAUUCAAC